AUGGUGAGAACCCCAUGCAGCAACAAAAAUGGCCUCAGGAGAGGAACAUGGACUCCAGAAGAAGACAUGAAGUUGGUUGCUUAUAUUACUAGGUAUGGCUUGAAUUGGCGACUACUCCCCAAGUUUGCUGGAUUGGCAAGGUGUGGAAAGAGUUGCAGGCUUCGGUGGAUGAACUACUUAAGACCAGACAUCAAAAGAGGGAAUUACACUCCCCUAGAAGACGACACUAUCAUCACACUUCACCAAAAGUUGAAUUGUAGGUGGUCAAAGAUUGCUGCUUGUUUACCGGGAAGAACUGAUAACGAAAUAAAAAAACCACUGGCACACAAUCUCAAGAAGAGAGCUCAAGGAAACUCAGCUGGACAUGAAAAGGAUAAAGCCUUCAAGUCAAAGGAUCAAAUUCCACUUGAAUCGAGCCAGAGAUCUGCGACUCAUCAAUCACAAUAUGUACUACAACUGCUCCUUCUUCACAGUGUGAUACAUCAGCAGGCGAGUCCCAGAUCUCAAGUACUUUCCCAGUGCAGCUCACUGAUCAUGCCGGUGGUUUCAGCAAGCCGUACAUGGUUGACGUUUCCUACGUCCCCAAUGAAGAAUUUUUACCGUUGUCCCCUGAAUAUGAGUACAAUGCACAGCUUUGGGAACACAGUGGCUCGCAUGACGAAUAUAUUGACUUAUCUUGACGAAGGCAUCUUAAGGGGAAUGGAGGCAAAUCUACCCAAUCGACAU